CAAUUCCGUAAUUUCCUCCACCUUCAGUGGCAAUUCUUCUCCACCUUAAAUAUAUACACUGCUAAGUGCUAACUGCUUCGCCCCCUUUAAUGACUUUUAUUUAGCUGCCGGUCGGUCCAGGUGUCGUCGUCGUCGUCGUCGAUUUGCUAUUUUAUUCGGUUAGGAAUCCCGGUCGGUUUCGUCGGAGAAGAAGAGGAACGGACGGACGGCGCCGCGAGAUGACGUCGGGGACCAGGCUGCCGACGUGGAAGGAGAGGGAGAACAACAAGCGGAGGGAGCGGCGGAGGAGGGCGAUCGCCGCCAAGAUCUUCGCCGGACUCCGAAUGUACGGCAACUACAAGCUCCCCAAGCACUGCGACAACAACGAGGUGCUCAAAGCGCUGUGUAAGGAAGCCGGAUGGAUCGUCGAAGAAGACGGGACUACUUACAGGAAGGGAUGCAAGCCUACAGAACGCAUGGAUAUUAUGGGCAGUUCAGUAUCAGUGAGCCCUUGCUCAUCAUACCAGCCUAGUCAAGGUCCAUCCUAUAAUCCAAGCCCUGCAUCAUCCUCCUUUCCUAGCCCAGUUUCAUCCCGCUACAUUACCAAUAACAACAAUGACACUGAUCCCAACUCUCUUAUUCCCUGGCUUAAAAAUCUUUCUUCCGGUUCAUCCCCUUCUUCAUCCAAGUUACCCCAUCAUCUGUACAUCCCUGGGGGUUCUAUUAGUGCUCCAGUCACUCCACCUUUAAGCUCACCUACCGCCCGUACACCAAGAAUGAACGAUAAUUGGGAUGACCCCAAGGUCAAUUCAGCAUGGCCAAAUCAACAUUAUGCUUUCCUCCCAUCUUCUACCCCACAAAGCCCUGGCUGUCUAACCCCACCUGACUCUGGGUGGCUUUCCGGUGUACAAACCCCCCAAGAUGGACCUUCAUCCCCAACAUUUAGCCUUGUCUCACCAAACCCAUUUGGCUUUAAGGAACCACUAUCAAAUGGUGGAUCACGGAUGUGGACCCCAGGGCAGAGUGGAACAUGCUCGCCCGCAGUUGCAGCAGCUCUUGACCGUUCAGCUGAUGUACCCAUGUCAGAUGCAAUUCAAGCUGAGUUUGCAUUUGGCUGCAACGCUAAGGGUAUAGUUAAGCCAUGGGAAGGAGAACGAAUUCAUGAAGAAUGCAUCACUGAUGAUCUCGAGCUAACUCUUGGGAACUCCAACACUCGAUAAGGUGUGAAGAAGCAAAGCAGAGUAAAAAUACAGAGUAGGAGCAUUUCUUUGUUUGUUAAUUUUUUGUCUUUUUUCUUCUUCUUUUCCAAAAGAAAACCGUAGAUUGAACUAUGAAUUGCUCAUUUGAUGGCUUUAUCUAAGCGCCUGUUUGUUGGGAGUAUCCAUUUUCUUCUUGUAAUUUUAUUUUAUUUUUUCAAAUUCUUUUUUCUUCUUCCUUUCCCUUGAAGGUGAGGAAGUGACUUUUAUGUAGUUCCCCGUUUUGUAAGUAUUUGAUGAAACUGCUGAUUUGGGAUAUCAUAUAUGAGCUGUUUGUCUCA